UUACCCGGCUGUAGCCUUCUUGAUGACCGUUCUAAGAACUACAGCGCGGCAGUACAGCCGGGGUCCGUCGCUGUAAAACCUUCCGCGCUUACAAGUGGCGAGAGGAAGUAAAGGGAAGCGGUGCGGCGCAUUUUAUAACCAUAAUAGUUUUCUAACGACUUUACCGAAAGGACCAAUUUUUUUUAUUUCACAUCCUGUUUCCACAAUGCCUCGCAUCGAGAAUGACAUCAAGCUGGACUUCAAGGAUGUGCUCCUCCGGCCCAAACGGAGCACGCUCAAGUCCAGGAGUGAGGUGGACCUGAUAAGGCGCUUCACUUUCAGGAACUCCAAGGGCAGCUAUAGAGGGAUUCCCAUCAUCGCUGCCAACAUGGACACCGUGGGGACCUUCGAGAUGGCCCUGGCUCUUCACCAGUUCACCCUUUUCACUGCAAUCCACAAACAUUACUCUGUUGAUGACUGGUCAGAGUUUGCUUCAAAGCACCCUGAGUGCCUGGAGAGCGUUGCCGUCAGCACGGGGACCGGAGACGGCGACUUUGAGAAGAUCUCGGCCAUCGUGGAGGCGGUGCCGCAGCUGAAGUAUAUUUGUGUAGACGUGGCAAAUGGCUACUCUGAACACUUUGUUCACUUCGUCAAAGACGUCCGGCAGAAGUUUCCUUCGCACACCAUAAUAGCAGGAAAUGUGGUAACUGGAGAAAUGGUAGAAGAACUGAUUCUUGCUGGAGCGGACAUCAUCAAAGUAGGCAUCGGACCAGGCUCUGUGUGUACCACCCGUAAGAAGACCGGGGUCGGCUACCCGCAGCUCAGCGCUGUGAUCGAAUGUGCAGAUGCAGCCCACGGCCUGGGCGGCCACAUUAUAUCCGAUGGGGGAUGUACCUGCCCAGGAGAUGUCUCAAAGGCUUUUGGCGCCGGAGCAGACUUUGUGAUGCUGGGGGGGAUGCUGGCGGGCCACUCCGAGAGCGGCGGGGAGACCAUCGAAAAAAACGGCAAGAAAUACAAACUGUUUUAUGGGAUGAGCUCCGACACGGCAAUGAAGAAGCACGCAGGAGGCGUAGCUGAUUACAGAGCGUCAGAGGGGAAGACGGUGGAAGUCUCCUACAAAGGUCCGGUGGAUGAAACGAUACGAGACGUCCUGGGAGGGGUUCGCUCCACCUGCACCUACGUUGGAGCAGGCAAGUUGAAGGAGCUGAGCCGCAGGACGACCUUCAUCCGAGUCACCCAGCAGCUCAACACUGUCUUCGGCAACUGCUGAACGUCUACGUCUUUGAUUCUGAUGUACUGCCUGACAUCCAGAUUCCUUUUGUGUUCAUCUAGAAACACAACUGAGCUGAUAAGAGAGUACAUGUAAAAUACUGCCCUUUUUAUCCCGGUUUUUAUUCAGAUUCCACAUAUAUCUCCCGUCUUUAGACUGAGAACGUCAUUUAAAAACUAGAGCUUUGAUUCCUCAGCUUAUCAUUCCAAAGCAAAGACAUUUGUAGUUUAUUUUAUUUAUGCAACUUCUGGUCAGUUAAUGAACAGUAAGCCUGACAUUGUUCUGUUCACUGUACCGAAAUUCUGCUGCAAGCCUUUGUCUCCAACUUUUAAAGAAAAUGUCUUAAAUUAUUUAAAAGUUUUAUAAUAUAUGCAAAUUUACUAGGAAAUUAGAAAAUAGCCUAUUUUUUAGAAGAUCUGUCAUUCCAAAACCCAUGUUUUGCACUUUAAAAUUGCAAUUGUAUGCUGAUUGUAGUGUUAUUGGAUCAUUAAUAGUAUAUAUUAAUUAAGUGUUAAAUUAAGAGCAGGGGUAUCAGUCAACAUAAAUAUAUUUCCAGUUCAGCUCCUGAUUGGUACCAGCAUUCUUGCUUUCUUUUCUUAAAGCACUUAUUCUAGGAAAUGUGUGAUUUAUUAUAGGCUUUAUGGCAACAGAUCAUUCUGUUCUCGUCUUUUUCUGUGUUACACAUAAGUACAGUGUUUUGAAUUCAUUGCCAAGAUCUUAAAUAAAACUGCUUGGUAUUACGUUCACAGAGAGUCAAUAAAACAUUCAUGUCUCAGCGUU